UCGUCGACGUUGUUGAUUUUCCUUCGCGUCCAAAUACAUUGAUUCGGCUCCCGAGUCUUGAGCUUCCUGCGGCUCAGGACCAUUUCUAGUUCCGCUAAUCCAAUUUCAAACCAAACCCUAACGAUCUCGAUUUCGCAAUUCCCCAUAUCGUCUGUUCCCUUUUCCCCGCUGUAGCUUCUACUCUCAAUUCCACCCACCCUUCUCCGAUUUUCUGUUGGUUUCUGGGUUAAUGGAGUUUCUCGGAUUUUUGGGUUUCCUGAAUCGACUUUGCUAGUUACCGAAGCUACACUGUACCAAAUCUUCAUCUUGCUAUUCAAAAUCGUAGAAAUGGCUAUUCGAGUUACCUUCAGCUUCUCUGGCUAUGUUGCCCAAAACCUUGUCUCCUCCGCCGGCCUUCGGGUCGGCAAUUGCCGCGCCGUUAACGAGUGUUGGAUCCGGUCUCGGAUAUUUGGUCAUAACCGGAAUUCCGAGCUCGACCCAUCCAACUCGGUGCGCAAUUACCGAUCCGAUGUCCGACGGCAGAAGCCGAAUAACUGCUUGGGAAAGAAUUCGGCUUCUUUGUACUCCACUCUCGCCGGGGAGAUUCUCGGUGAUAAUUGCAAAAGCCCGAUUGUGCUGGGCCUGCUUUCGCUGAUGAAGUCGACGGCCUGUGCGUCGGGUACAUCGGCCACGGCACUCGGCGUUUUCAGUAUUUCGCCUAUUAAGGCGACGUCGGUUUUGCCCUUCUUACAGGGAUCGAAGUGGCUUCCUUGCAGUAACGAGUUGGCUAGUGGGCUUGUGGAUAAAGGUGGAACACAGUGUUGUGAGGUUGUGGAGACUCACAAGGCGUUGGAGAAAAGCGGUUGGUUGUCGAGGAUAUUGAAUUUCUGUUCAGAGGAUGCCAAAGCUGUGUUCACUGCUGUGACUGUGAGCGUGUUGUUCCGAUCGUUCUUGGCGGAGCCUAGGUCAAUCCCGUCCUCUUCUAUGUACCCUACCCUGGAUGUGGGCGACCGUAUUUUAGCCGAGAAGGUUUCAUACAUUUUCAGGAAGCCUGAAGUUUCGGAUAUAGUAAUUUUUAAGGCACCUCAAAUCUUACAGGAAGUUGGGUUUAGUUCAGGCGAUGUGUUCAUCAAAAGAGUGGUGGCCAAGGCUGGAGACUAUGUUGAAGUACGUGAUGGGAAAUUAUAUGUUAAUGGUGUUGUUCCAGAUGAAAAUUUCGUUUUGGAGCCACUUUCUUAUGAAAUGGAUCCAGUGCUAGUUCCUGAAGGUUAUGUCUUUGUGAUGGGAGACAAUCGCAACAACAGUUUUGACUCACACAACUGGGGUCCACUUCCAAUAAAAGACAUCGUAGGUAGAUCGGUGUUUCGUUAUUGGCCUCCAUCCAAGGUAUCAGACACCUUACACGAACCUCAUGUGGGAAGGGAUGAUGUAGCAUUUUCUUGACACACUGCCCUCUGCCUGAAGGAGGAGAUAUUUGGUGACAUCUAUUUCAUCAAGAUGGUGAUUCAAGAAAUUGUUUUUUCGUUCUUUUACCUCAUUAUUGAGGAGUUGUGAAUAUUCAGCCUUUCCUCGUCAUAAUGCCUGGUUAACUUGGAUUGGUUCUUUAUGGUGGGAAGAAAGGAAUGAAGAGAAAGACUAUCAUCUAGUUUUUCUCUGAAUAUGCAUUUAUAUUAUCUGUUGGGAGUUGAAUGCACUUUUACUAGUUGAGGAGUCGAGGACUGGGGCCUGAUGCUGCUAUCCACUUGAAUGCUGCGGUUCCAAAGUCCUCAUCUUUUCUGGUUAUAGUUGCCCUGAUGGUGCAUUGGUGAAGUGAGGCAGGCAGGCAGAUUAUCUACACUGUUGGGGAACGAGCUAUCCUUACUCUCUUAAAAAAUGUCCUUGGCUGGCUGGUCGGUGGUUCUCAGUGCUUGCAAUUUCCCCUUGUUAUAGCUAUGUUGUGGGUCGAGACCAAGUUUGUAAUCAAUGACUAUUUUUUUGUUGUUUCUAUAAACUUUUGCUGCAGUAAUUUUGCCUUGUCCUUUUUUGGUGGAGCAGGCCUCAAUGUUGCUGUGUGGCUUUGUCCGUAAAAAAGGACAGAGGAAGAUAUUCAAUCAUUUGGUCUCAUU